GUGGGCCACUCGCCUUUGGUAGAUCAUGCUUGCAGAUGUAUCUUGCUCUCGCUUUUCCAGCUGCUACCGCCUCGCAUCUCAUCUUUCUUGCCUCUGAGGGUAUUCAUGUCCUCCUCAUCACCAAGUAUUAGCUUGGACAAUAGCGCUCUUGAUAAGCAACAAACUGCCCCGGAAAGAACCCCAGAGAGCGUUACUCGACCGAUUCCCGUCGAGCACAAGUCCACCAACUCUCAACAUGCCGCCUCCCUGGAUAUCGAAGACCAUGAACCGACUCCCUACUCUGCCUUCUCCAAACCCACAAAGUACCUCAUCGUCGGCCUCGGCGCCAUAGCAGCCAUCUUCUCCCCCAUCUCCUCCAACAUAUUCGUCCCCGCCAUCCCCACCCUCGCCGACCAAUUCCACCGGAGCGAGUCCGACAUCUCCCAAGCAGUCACCAUCUACCUCGUCUUCCAGGCCAUCACUCCUUCCAUAUUCGGAGCCAUGUCGGAUUCGUUUGGCAGACGGCCGUUGUAUCUCGCCACCCUCGUAAUCUACUUGUGCGCCAACAUCGGUUUGGCCCUGACGCCGACCAGCACGUACGCACUGCUUCUCGUCCUGCGAGCUUUACAGUCGACGGGGGGCAGUGCUGUCAUUGCGAUAGGGUAUGGCUGUGUGGCUGAUGUGGCAGAGCCGAGGGAGAGGGGCACCUAUGCCGCGCUGUUUCAGUCGGGGGCGCUUCUUGGACCUGCUUUGGGACCACUGAUAGGCGGUAUAUUGACACAGACUUUGGGUUGGAGGAGUAUUUUUUGGUUCCUGGUCAUUGCCACGGGCGUCAUCCUCGUCCCUCUGACACUAUUCCUACCAGAGACGCUGCGAUCACUUGUGGGCAACGGAUCGAUACCACCUCCAAAGCUGAACAGCUCUCCCAUGGAGCUGUACCACAAUAGUAAAGUGUCAAAUAAACAGGCAGCCGAUGGGAUUCAAGUUGAAAAGGUCGAGAGACCACCUCGCAAGCCGUACCAACCACUCUCCUCCUUCAUGCUACUAUUCGUCCCCGAAAUCAUCUUGAUCUUCUUCUGGACGUCUUUAAUAUACUUGGAGUUUUACGCAAGUCUCACACUAUUCUCCACGGCUCUCAAAGACAAGUAUGGUCUUUCCGAAAUCAAGAUCGGUCUCUGCUACCUACCUUGUGGCGUUGGCACCAUAGUAUCUUCCCAAUUGAACGGCAGACUCCUCGACUAUUACUUUCGACGCGAAGAACGCCGUGUCGGAGGCGACUACCGUCAAAAACCUGAACAAUUCAAUAUCGAGCGCACCAGAAUCUACUGCUUGAUCCCGUUCACGAUACUAGCAGUGGCCUCGAUGACGGCACAGGGAUGGUGUUUGGAGGUCAAGGCGCCGUUGGCAGCGACGCUGGUCAUGAACUUUUUGGUAGGCUUGGGGUCGGGGGUGAUUGCUACUGCUACUAUCUACGCACAAGAUAUUAGUCCAGGUAAAGGAGGUGCCGUCUCGGCCUCUUACAAUCUCGUACGCUGCGCUUUCGGCGCCAUAGGCACAGCCACCAUCCAAAAGAUGUACAAGACUUUCGGCGCCGGCUGGACAUUCGUCCUCCUCACGGGUCUCGUGGUGGUCUUUCUACCUUUUCCCAUUGCGGUCAUCCGAAAUGGGAAGGGAUGGAGGGAGGCAAGGCUUCAAAGAGAAGAGAGGAAGAAGCAGAGCGUGGAGAAUGGAAAGGGUCCUGGAAGUUGAUUCUUACUUCAUGGGUUUACGUUCUUGCGGGAAUGAUGAUCACUAUAGGAUAUCUGGCAUAGCACAUUCAUCACAACGGUUUUCAUCAUAUGAUACACCUGCCCUUUAACAUACAUCCAUCUUUGUAGUUUGGGUCCUUGAAUAUUCUAGAAGUCAAGUUGAGAUGUUUGUCUCCAUCGCUAG